UAUUUAUUCACAGGAUCCAGUGACCUUGACAGACGCUGCGCUGAGACCCCAACAAGCAGCACUGGAUUUGGGGUUCACAAUGGCAAAUCCAGGGGCUCAGCGGACCCUGCAGAUAAUCAGGAGGCACAUGGCCACAGGAUCCCACGGGCCCGGAGGUGCUCGUACAUGGAAGAUCCUGAGCUUCCUUGUAGCUCUUCCUGGUGUGGGGGUCUGCAUGCUGAAUGUCUGGCUCCAGAAACAGAAUCACCCACACGAAUCCCCAGAAUUCAGAGCAUAUGACCACCUGCGCAUCCGAACCAAGCGCUUCCCGUGGGGCGAUGGGAAUCACACAUUCUUCCAUAACCCACAUGCCAACCCUCUUCCGACAGGAUAUGAAGAGACGGAGCACAAGCACUGACGUCUCUGGCUCGACGUACAGUGAGGACCUAUGUAAUAAUGCCCAUCAUCUGCAAUAAAGAGUAAUCUACUGCAACAA